AUGGUGGAUCCGGUUCAAGUUGCUUUUGUUCCUAAUAGGUGGAUUAAUGAGAUUGUGGUUCUUGCCCAUGAGAUUAUUCACAGUUUUAAACAUACUGGGAAGAAAAAAGGCUUCUUGGGAAUUAAGCUGAAUUUCCAAAAAGCUUAUGACAAAAUGGAAUGGAGGUAUUUGAUCACAGUCCUUAAAACUUUUGGAUUCAGCAAAAAUUUCACUAAUCUUAUUUACCAAUGCUUAUCAUCGGUGCAAUUCACUUUGUUGUUGAAUGGGGGUCAAUGCCCAAGCUUUAACCUUUCACAUGGCCUUCGUCAGGGAGAUCCUUUAUUUCCCUACCUGUUUAUCCUUGGCAGUGAAGUUUUGAUGAGAAUUAUCAACAAAGAAGUGGCUGAUGGCAAUAUAUCAGAAGUGAAAGUCUCAAGUACGACUCCUCCUAUUUCUAAACUUUGCUAUGCGAAUGAUGUUAUCUUAUUUUGUAAAGCUAAAGCAUCUGAACUAGUUUCUCUUAAAGGUUUCCUGGAAAAGUAUUGCUCCUGGUCUGGUCAGAAAAUUAGUGUAGAGAAAUCUGGUUUUUUCUCUUCCAAAGGUGUCAGUCAUCAAUUCCUCAAUCAAGUAAGGUGUACCGGGGGGCUUUGUUCUCUCCCUCAACACUCUACCUAUGUUGGGGUCCCCCUAUUUUUGUCUAGAAGCAGAAGUCAAGAUUUCAGAUUGGUGAAAGAAAGGUUAGAGAACAAGCUCAGCAGUUGGAAGGGCAAAAAUUUAUCUUGGUCCAAGAGGGCAACCCUUAUUAAAUCGGUGGCUCAAGCCAUUCCAGUUUACACCAUGACAGCCUCUCAAUUCCCAAAAAGUCUUUGUGAGCAGCUGGAUGCUACUUGGGUGUUAUCUGGGAAAGAUUGUCUUUGCAUUGAGGUUCUGAGAGCUAAGUACAAAGUUCACCACAAUUGGCUUAAUCAAGCUCCCCAUAGUAAUGCUUCCCCUGUUUGGAAAAGUCUUGUUGGCACUAAAGACCUAUUAUCUGAAGCUUGUUUAUUGGUGGGUAAUGGUGAGUCCAUUAGAACUUGGUCAGACCCGUGGGUCCCAAAUCUGCCAAGUUUCAUCCCAUCUCCCAAGGUUGGUGUAAAUCCAGAUUUUGUUUUGAUUGUUUCUCAACUAUUGAAUCAAGAUCGCAGUGGUUGGGAUAUUGCUAAACUUUGGCAUUUCUUUGAGGAUUCAGUGGUGGACAUUAUUAUGCAAGUACCUUUACCCUCUUUCCCUAGUGCUAAUUUUUUGUCUUGGACCCUCACAAAUUCAGGGAAAUUUACAAUCAAAUCUGCUUACUGGUUGGGCAGAAUUUCUUCCCCUCCUUUGAUGAUGGACCUCUCCCAGGGCCAAGUGUGGAAGUCUAGGCUGCAUGAAAGGCUGAAAAUGCACUUAUGGAGAAUUGCUGCAAAUGUUCUACCUACUGAAGAUAAGCAGAGAAAUCUUUCUCUUUUUGAAGGUGUAGCUGUAAAGGUUGAGGAGCUAUCCUCUAGAAUCUCUAAACUAUUUCUUGAGCACAAGUCUGCUAGGCCCUUUGUCUUAAGCCAGGCCACCUUGGCUCCUUCACAUCAGUGGACCCCUCCCUCCAUUUCUUCAAUCAAGAUUAAUGUUGAUGCUGCUGUAGGCCCUCAUUGUUCUUCCAUUGCAUCUGUUGCCAAAGACUGGAGAGGGGAGUUGGUUUUUGCGUGUUCUAAGAGAACGAAUACUAUCUUCCCUCUUCAGGCAGAAGCUGAAGCUAUUAAAUGGGCACUAACCUUGGCAACAAACUUGGAGUUUGAGGAGAUUAUCAUAGAAUCAGACUCCCAAGGAUUGGAACGGCGCCUGAAGAAUGUUCCUGAGGCUCUCGACAAAGUCUUCGAUGCAAUUAUCCGAGAACAUGAACAAGUUGACAUUGGGCAACAAGGUCAUCAUAGGGACUUUGUGGACACAUUACUUUCCUUGAUGAACCAACCCAUGAUGAGCAAAUUUACACAAUUGACCGAGAGAGUAUAA